AUGCAGAAGACCACCGCGUACAGCUACCGAUGCCACCCGCCCUUGCUCACAACUCGCUUAAUGCCGCCAAGAGCCCGACCUAUCUCCGGCUUGCUGUAUGAAAAGGAAGACGACAGCGAUGGUGGAGGUGGCAAAGGCCGCGACGACAGCAGUGGAGACGGAGGUGGGAGAGGUCGUGACGACAUCGGUGGCUCCAAUUACAUGUCACGAGGAAGAGAAACAAAACCCGGCUCCCGAAUCUGCUGCACCAGCGAGAAGGUGGAGUUCAAACGAGAACCGUCCUUGGACGGUGCGGCCGCCGCCGUGGAUGAUGCGGACGAGAAAGAGUCUGCUGCGACGGCGACGACGUCGGCGGAGGAGUCGCUGUGGGAGUGGGCCGUGCUGGUGUCGCCCUUCUUCUUCUGGGGCACGGCCAUGGUGGCCAUGAAGGAGGUCCUCCCCAAGGCCGGCCCUUUCUUCGUGUCCUCCUUCCGCCUCAUCCCCGCGGGGCUCCUCCUCGUCGCCUUCGCGGCCUCCCGCGGCCGCAAGCCGCCCUCCGGCCUCAACGCUUGGCUCUCCAUCACCCUGUUCGCCCUUGUGGACGCCUCUUGUUUUCAGGGAUUUCUCGCCGAAGGGUUGCAGAGGACGUCGGCGGGUCUCGGAAGCGUGAUAAUUGACUCUCAGCCAUUAACAGUGGCUAUACUUGCAGCCCUGUUCUUCGGUGAAUCCAUUGGGUUAAUUGGAGGCGCAGGACUGUUACUUGGUGUUGUGGGACUUCUUCUUCUUGAGGUACCGGCAGUUGCUAUCGACGACAAUAAUUUUUCACUGUGGGGAAGUGGUGAGUGGUGGAUGCUUCUUGCAGCUCAGAGCAUGGCCAUUGGAACUGUUAUGGUCCGUUGGGUCUCCAAGUAUUCUGAUCCAGUUAUGGCUACUGGAUGGCAUAUGGUUAUUGGUGGUCUUCCUCUUGCAAUAAUCUCGAUUCUCAAUCAUGAUCCUAUCUUUACCGGUGGUUUGUCGGAGCUUUCCGUGACUGAUAUAUCAGCACUACUUUAUACCUCAAUUUGCGGAAGUGCCAUCAGCUAUGGUGUAUUUUACUACAAUGCAACAAAAGGUUGUUUUUAGAAGUUUGACAAGCUGAGCUCCCUCACAUUUCUUACUCCAAUGUUUGCUUCAAUUUUCGGGUACAUAUUUCUCCAUGAAACUUUCUCACCUCUGCAACUGGGCGGUGCUUUUGUUACUUUGAUUGCCAUAUACAUGAUCAAUAACCAGAACAUCUUGGAAUGAUCCUUAUGCUGAGCAUGGCAUGCCUGACAUGGGAAGUAUGUGAAACCCGUGUUAAUGCCUAGCAGGUGCUUUGCUCUUGGCUUUACCUCUGAAGUUUGAACUCGUUGUUGCUAGAUCAUGCAUGCAUCCAUAAAGGUAGUGGAAACAGUAGGAGGUGAGAUAUGUUGUAAAUAAGAGGGUAUAUUAAUUACACUUUUCUCGACUGAAAAUGGCUUGAGUCGUUGGAGCACCCAUCUCGAUGCAAUGUAUAGGAAGAUAGAAUAGAAUGCUGUGCAGAUAUAUAACCUUUUGUUUGGGCUAGCGUUUUUGGAAUACAUAUUAUUCAAUUGGUUACUCCAGCAAGUUGUCUAUGGCAGCAGGUCGAUCAUCUCCUUUUUUUGAUUCUCUAGUUUUAUUAAUGUCCCUUAAGCAUGAGCUCGUCAAGGUGACUACUAUGUUUGAUGAAGGUAUUGAUGGGAAGCCGCACGACUAAAACCAAUAGAUUUUGUAGAAUGUAAGCACAAUGGUACUCCAUUUUCUACUUCUAUGAUAUGCAUAUGAACUUUGUUAUC